AUGCUUUUUUUUCCUAUUCAAUACCUAAAUUUUCAGACAAACUGGCUUCUAUCAAGCACGAGUUCUUCUACCCCAUACCGAACUACGCUCAGACAGUGCACCAUCUGCAGUGCUCCAUCAAAUGGCUACCACUUCAACGCUCCGUCAUGCUCAGCAUGUGCCGCUUUCUUCAGGAGGACUGUAACGUUGGGUCGGCAUUUCCUCUGCGCUCAUCAGGGCAACUGCAAAGUACACUUUGAGAUGCGGGUCAUCUGUCGAGCGUGUCGCUAUGCGAAAUGCAUACAAAUGGGAAUGGAAAGACAAGCAGUUCAACCGCGACGUGAUAGCAACAACGGCCGUCGGAAGAUUUCAUACUCAAAGAGGGCAUCUCCAUCGAAGCAGUGGGCUUCGGUGACAACUACACCCAAGAGAGUUCAAGGGUGUCUCAUUGCUAUUUCCAGGGAAACAGGAGAGGGUGUGCUUGAAAUGUUGUUGAGAGAAGAGCGGUUGUACAAUGAACGACGGAGUAUCCUAUACUGCGUGAAGAGCAGCAUAUCAGAGAUACUCUCAGCCGGUGAAGUGAAUGACAUCCCGUUCUCAUCCAGAGAUCUUACCGAACUCACCUUUGCCGGUGUGCGAAAGGAUAUUCGGGCACAGAUAUUGGCUACCUACGAAUGGAUGCGAGGAUGGAAUCACUUCAAGUGUUUGAGUACCUCAGAUAAGAAAAUACUACUACGUCGAUGUACAUUAUUUCACCCAAUCAUUGAUCCCUGCUAUCUGACGAUGAGGCUCGGGCUGCCUGAUAGAUUUGUCAUGUUCAACGGUAUGUUCACUGGCAUAGCUGUGGACUCAGAAGAAGGAUGGAGAGACGAAUCCUGCAUAUCGGCUACCCUCAAGAAAGAGUUAUAUCGUCCACUCCUGGAUCGAGUUCUGGCCGACAUCGUUCGUCCAAUGCAAGCAAUUAAUAUCUCCUUCGUGGAAUACGUCAUUCUCAAAGCCCUCGUCACAUUCAAAAGCACUCUGAGCACGAACAUUUCAUCGUCUCUGAAGAGAUGUCUCAACUCACAAAUCGAUCUCAUCUUCGUAGCUCUCUCAAAUCAUUACGCUAAUCUGGGAAUGUCAGCCGAGGAUGUCGCUGUCCGUACAGGCAAUGUAAUCUUGCUCGUUGGCAACAUUUUUGAAGUCGGUAUGCAGUGUCUCGAAAGUCAUCAAGUGAUACAAUUCUUUGAUUUGUGGAAGCUCGAUGACCUCCUGAUCAAACUUAUUAGUGAAUCUUUGCAGUCGUCACCGAAAAAUUCCGGCUAG